AUGUCCUCUCGCCCUCCUACUCCGCCUAGCAAGGCCCCUUGGGAAGACGAGGACUUCCGAUUCACGAGGAACGGCACCGCUUGUGAAUGGGGUGAAGCAUAUCAUCCAGGCGGCUAUCACCCCGUUCACCUCGGUGAUGUGAUACAAGAACGCUACCGUAUCAUGCGCAAGGUAGGAUGGGGUCAAUACUCCACGGUCUGGCUUGCAGUUGACACGAAGUUGACCCGCUAUGUGUCUCUUUACAAAUCUCACCUCCGAAAUAGCUGCCCAGGCCUUGUGACUCUCUAUGACAUAAUCAAGAUCACUGGUCCAAAUGGAGCGCACGACGGCCUCGUCUUUGAGACCAUGGGUCCAGAUUUGACAACCCUUCUGAGAUUCAGACCGGAAUUCCAGAUUGGCAAGCCAUGGGAGAGAAGAUUCACCAAGUACUUUGCCAGGAGGGCGCUCCUCAAUACGAUACAGGCACUUCACGGUCUCCAUGAACGUGGUAUUGUCCAUUGCGACCUGCAUUCUGGUAACAUCCUCGCUUGCAUAGAGCCAAUCGAAGCCACCCAAGACACCGAGCAAAGAUUGAAGCAACCUGAAAGUGACGCGCGGCCGCUUAAAAGGAAAGAUGGGAAGAAGGACCUUUGGGCCCCGUCAUAUCUUCUUGAGCCUCGGUCUUUGAGUGACUACUUCUCAUAUGGCCUCGAUCCACUUGUAAAACUUGCUGACUUGGGCGGUGCAUUUACGCAAGAAAAUCCUCUACAGGCGACUGAAGUCGUCACUCCAGUCGCGCUCCGAGCCCCAGAGAUUAUUCUCGGCGGUCUUCUCGGCAAGGGCAUCGACAUAUGGGCCUUUGGCUGCCUGAUAUUCGAGAUGAUAUUUGGCCGACCUCUGUUCGUAGCGAUCCAGUCUCUGGAGGGACAAGACUACGAUGAGACUUCCAACGACGAACAUCUCAUUCAGCUCUGGGAGGUCAUUGGGCCACUGCCAAAGCCUUUGCUCGAGAAAUGGCGCCGAGCAGAUCAGUAUUUCGAUUCCAGUGGAAAUAGAAUGGAGAUCAAAUCUCAAGAGGAUGGCCACAUAAGUGGUGGUGACGACAAGGACUUGGGUGAUGGGAUGGACGAAGAAAAUGAUGGUCCUCCGCUCGCAGAUCUUGGUCAGUUUCUUUCUCUCGAGGACCUGAUUAUGGCAGAGAGGCCAGGUGAUAUCGACGAGGCAGAGUCCCAGGAGCUAUUGGGGCUGUUGCGGUGGAUAUUCCAGUAUGAUCCGGCUCAUCGGCCUUCAACCACUGAUCUCAUUAAUCACCCUUGGCUUUAA